AUGUAUACCACAUCUUCUCUCUUCCUCCAUACCCUAGCCCAGGUCGGCAUUACUCAUGCAUUCGUUAACUGGGGCUCCGACCACCCUGCACUCCUCGAAGACCUCGAGCGCCAACGGGUCGACCAUGGAGAUACCGUUGUCGAAAUAAUCACUUGCCCCAAUGAAAUGGCUGCGUUGAGCGCAGCACAGGCAUUUGUACAGGUUACGAACACGCCCGCUGCAGUCAUUGUACAUGUCGAUGUCGGAACCCAGGCUCUUGCUGGUGCCGUCCAUAACGCGAGCAGAGGAAAGGUUCCCAUCCUGGUGUUUGCUGGUGCAUCCCCGUCUACUGUCGAAGGAGAGUUGAAGGGGUCGAGGAAUGAGUGGAUUCAUUGGAUGCAAGAUAUACCUGACCAACCUGCCAUUGUCAGGCAAUACAUGCGUUUCACUGCACAGAUCAACGCACCUGAAAAUGUCCCUCAUCUUGUCAGACGUGCCCUCCAAAUUGCCACAAGCGAACCAAAAGGUCCGGUAUAUCUCUGGGCACGCAGAGAAGUACUAGAAAAGGAGAUCGAUGAAUCACUUUUCAACGCUCCAGCAUCUUUCUACAGAUGGCCUUCAAUCGAGCCAAGCGGGCUCUCCCCCUCAGCCGUGAACGUAAUUGGCGAUGCCCUGGCUCAUGCAAACAACCCGCUUAUCAUCACGUCAUACAUUGGACGGAAUCCUGCAGCCGUAGCUGCCCUGGAGAUGCUUUCCCGGCUGAUGGCUAUCCCUAUAUUCGUGACUUGCCCUAGCGCUACCAACGUCUCUCUCUCGCAUCCAUUCUUCGUGGGCGUUUCCUUCCUCGCACCUGGCACACACACUCCGCUGCUCAGCACAGCAGAUGUAAUCCUCGUCAUAGACGCAGAGGUGCCAUGGAUCCCAAUGAACAAAAACAAUCAAGGCAACUUCGAGCGCCCCAGCGAUGAAGCUCGCAUCUUCGUAAUCGACUCUGGCGACCCUCUUAAGGAAAACAUCGGCAUGGAGCACGUCGCCGGCGUCGCAGAGCUUGUUUGCUGUGCCAGUGCCGACGUCAUGCUUUACCAACUCCUGAACUCCGGGCGCACAGGCGCGGCGACAGGAUUCUACACGCGUUCUAAGAACAUACAGGCAAAGCACGAUGCGUUUAUUGCAGACAUGCGUAACGCAGAGACACUCACGUCCGAACCGAAUGUGCCGUAUUUGCCCUCGCGCAUCUUUGGGGCGCUGCGUACGGCGGUGGAGAAUAAGGUACCGCACCCUGCGAGCACGCUUUACCUUAACGAGACCAUCAGUAACUACCCGCUUUCAUGGUCACACCUGCAUCCCGACACACCUGCGGGCAUGUUGAGCUCCGGCGGCUCGUCACUCGGCUGGGCAUUGGGUGCGGGGGUUGGUGCGGUUCUAGGAGGCGUAAAUGCGAGAAAGGGCGCAGGGAAGGUGGGAUACGAGCUGGUAGUGAGUGUGGUGGGUGAUGGCACGUUCUUGUUUGGGGUGCCUAGCAGUGCGUUCUGGAUGGCGAGGCGGUAUGAAACACCCUUCCUGACCAUCGUUUUGAACAACGGGGGCUGGAAAUCACCAAAACUCUCCAUGAUGGGUGUGUACCCCGAGGGGUAUGGCUCUAAGGCUACUGGCAACCAGCUCACUGUGGGUUUCGGGCCUGCCAUGCCAGAUUAUGUGGGUAUCGCGGUAGCUGCGACCGGGGGAUGGGCGUGGGGAAAACGCAUCGCAGCGGGUGAUCCCCUGGAGGAGACGAUGGCGGAAGCUGUGCGAAUCGUUGUCGAAGAGCGGCGGUGUGCGAUUGUGGAGUGUGUAUUGGAGAGUAUUUGA